AUGUCUCAAUCUCCAAGUAUAGUUGGAGUUCAUUAUAAAGUUGGUAAAAAGAUAGGAGAAGGUUCAUUUGGUAUUAUAUUUGAAGGUAUUAAUAUCUUAAAUAAUCAACAAGUUGCUAUUAAAUUUGAACCAAGAAAAUGUGAAGCACCACAAUUAAGAGAUGAAUAUAGAUCCUAUAGAAUAUUAAAUAACACACAAGGAAUACCUCAAGCUUAUUUUUUUGGACAAGAAGGUGUACAUUCUAUUUUAAUAAUAGAUUUAUUGGGACCAUCAUUAGAAGAUUUAUUUGAUUGGUGUAGUAGAAAAUUUACUGUUAAAACAGUUAUACAAGUUGCAAAACAAAUGAUUCAAAGAGUUGAAACUAUACAUGAACAUAAUUUAAUUUAUCGUGAUAUUAAACCAGAUAAUUUUUUAAUUGGUAGACCUGAUUCCCUAGAGUCAAAUCAAAUAUUUGUGGUUGAUUUUGGAAUGGCAAAACAAUAUAGAGAUCCUAAAUCAAAAAUUCAUAUACCAUAUAGAGAGAAAAAAGCAUUAAGUGGUACAGCAAGAUAUAUGUCAAUAAAUACUCAUUUAGGUAGAGAACAAUCAAGAAGAGAUGAUUUAGAAAGUUUAGGACAUGUAUUUAUGUAUUUUUUAAGAGGUUCAUUACCAUGGCAAGGUUUAAAAGCACCAACAAAUAAACAAAAAUAUGAAAAAAUAGGAAUGAAAAAACAAUCAACUCCAGUAAAUGAAUUAUGUUAUGGAUUACCAAUACAAUUUGCUCAAUAUUUAACUUAUGUUAGAAAUUUAAAAUUUGAUGAAAAACCAGAUUAUAGAUAUCUUAUUGGAUUAAUGGAUAAAGCAAUGAUUUCAUUAGGUUUAGAAGAAGAUGGGCAUUAUGAUUGGAUGGAUUUAAAUAAUGGUAAAGGUUGGGAUGCUUCAUUAAAUAAAAAAGCUAAUUUACAUGGAUAUGGAAAUCCUCAUCCACCAAGAAAAUUACAAAAUUCUCAACAACAACUACAGCAACAACAACAACAACAACAACAACAACAACAACAAAGAUCAAAUUCAUAUACUCAACAACAACAGCAACAACAACAACAAAAUUCAUACUUAAAUUAUCAAAACCAACCACUGUCCAACCAACCAUUACUAGGUACUAAAAAUGGAUCAAUUUCAAGACAACAGAAAAAAUACGGAAAUUAUCAAUCAAUAAAUCAAACUCCAAUUAAUGGAAAUUCUAAAUUUUCUAAAAAUAAUAAUAAUUUACAAUAUCAACAAUUACCUCAACAUCAUAAUCAUCAAAAUCAUCAAAAUCAAGAAGAUGAAGAUUUACAUUCUGAUACUUCUAGUUUUAAUAGAAAAAUAAGCUGGUCUUGUUUUUUCUGUUGUUUCUAG